AUAUGUUUUGCAGAUCGUAGUAUUCGUAGUUUAAUAUCUUAUGGUCUAGUUAAUGCCAAUUAUGCGACUGUAGCAAGUGUUGUGCUUUAUCUAAACGUUGUUUAGUAACCUUGAUUUCAUUACCCGCAAUGGUGCAAAAUGUGUGUAAAGUAGGAGUUAGAAAUUUAUGAAAACAACAGGCUUAAAAUUGUCACCAGUAAAAACAGAACUGCAGUAAAAUGAUGGGAGGAAGCGUUCUCUGGUUCCGCCACGGGUUGCGGCUGCACGACAACCCGGCUUUGCACUCCGCGCUCGAGGAUAACACUGUGCCCUUCUAUCCUAUAUUCAUAUUUGAUGGUGAGACAGCGGGAACGAAGCUGGUGGGCUACAACCGCAUGCGGUACCUGCUAGAAGCUCUGGACGACCUGGACCAGCAGUUCAGGCGCCAUGGAGGCCGGCUGAUCAUGCUCAAGGGGCAGCCCAAUGUGGUGUUCCGGAGACUUUGGGAGGAGUUUGGUAUUCGCAAGCUCUGCUUCGAACAAGACUGCGAGCCGGUCUGGCGAGCCCGGGACCAGAGCGUGAAGCAAGCGUGUCGUGAGAUCGGCGUGACCUGUCGUGAACACGUGUCUCAUACACUUUGGGAGCCUGAUACAGUCAUCAAAGCUAAUGGGGGGAUACCGCCGCUCACCUAUCAGAUGUUCUUGCACACCGUCGCGACCAUUGGAGACCCGCCACGGCCGGUCGGUGAUUUAGAUUUGAGCGGCGUCAAGUUUGGCACGCUACCGGAGUGCUUUUACAGCGAGUUCACUGUCUUUGAUAAGACUCCUAAGCCCGAAGAUUUUGGUGUCCACCUGGAGAACGAGGAUAUUCGGAUGAUCCGCUGGGUCGGCGGAGAGACCACGGCUCUUAAACAAAUGAAACAUCGUCUAAGCGUGGAGUACGAGACUUUUUGCAGGGGCUCGUAUCUACCAACCCAUGGCAGCCCAGACUUACUAGGGCCGCCCAUCUCUCUGAGCCCGGCGCUACGGUUCGGAUGUCUAUCUGUUAGGAGUUUCUACUGGGCCGUCCAAGAUCUGUACCGCCAGGUGCACCAAGGCCGGCUGCCGUCUAACCAGUUCGUUACAGGACAACUCAUCUGGCGAGAGUACUUCUACACGAUGAGUGUGAACAACCCUCAGUAUGGACAGAUGGCUGGCAACCCUAUCUGCUUGGACAUUCCAUGGAAAGAACCCAGCGGUGACGAACUCAAGAGCUGGAUCGAAGGCCGAACCGGCUUUCCAUUCAUCGACGCCGCAAUGCGUCAGCUCCGCAUAGAAGGCUGGCUUCACCACGCCGUGCGAAACACUGUGGCUUCAUUCCUGACCAGAGGCACGCUCUGGUUGUCAUGGGAACACGGGCUCAACCAUUUCCUGAAGUACCUCCUAGACGCUGAUUGGUCUGUCUGUGCCGGCAACUGGAUGUGGGUCUCCUCCAGCGCUUUCGAGGCGUUACUGGACUCUGGUGAAUGCGCCUGCCCCGUCCGUCUUGGUCAGCGACUGGACCCGAGCGGCGAAUACGUCCGCCGCUAUGUACCCGAGCUGACCAACAUGCCGCCUCUGUACAUCUACGAGCCAUGGAAGGCGCCUAUAGAGGUUCAGGAGCGCGCCAAGUGCAUCAUCGGUCAGCAUUACCCCGCCCCCGUCGUUAACCAUUUGGCCGCCGCACGACGCAACAGAAACGCUAUGCAGUACCUCGCUGCCGUCUGCAAUGCACAUUAUAGUGACCGAGACGUGGGCUGUCCACACCAUAAUAUACUCAAGAAAACUUGAUCUGCGGACGGCCAGGAGCUCCGUCAAAUGCUGCAAAAGGCGCCGCCGCACUGCUGCCCGUCUUCUGAGGAGGAGAUCCGUCAGUUCAUGUGGCUGCCCGACGACAUUUUGGUUCAGGUCAACUCUGCUUAACGACCUAGGGAAGUCCUAACACGGCUACUGAGUUUAGAUGGGCUUAGCGGUGGAUUUUUUUAAGUCUACCGUGGUAAUCAUCAAUUUUAAAAAGUUCAAGGUUACAAGCAGCGGCAGGAAACUCUAGCGCUGACCGUUAUAGCGCAGAAGUCGAAAACAUUUCUCUCAGGCUACAGGGGUCGAAGGGUAUGCGAUGCGUCCCUAUGUGCAGCUAUCCCCUCCACAUUUCACUCAAACUUACUUGCCGCUAUACUUGUAUCAACAUUGAUAUGGAGUGCUGGCUUAAUAAUUAUUGUUAAGUAAAGAAUGAGGAAAGAUCUCUUGGGAAACCAAAAAUUGAGAGUGCCACAUACGAGCGCUAUGGCUAUCAGCGGACCGCGAACACCGAAGUUCGAAAAUCGCGCCUGUCUCUAAAUUACGCUCGAAUGUAUAAGAGAAAGGUGCUUAUAAUUUGUUAGUAAAGGUGUUUGGCAAGUAUGGCUAAAUAAAUAGAAAAAUAUAUCUAAUACAUGUAAGUAUAUCGUGCCAAAAAUGCGAUUAUAUAAAGUAUAAAUAAAUAUUGAAAGCGUCAACGACUUAGGCCGGUUGCACCGGACCGCCUGACGCUAUAUAUGUACCUACGUGUAAGGUCUCAGUGCACGCUCAUAUUGGGCGUGCGGCGAGCAUGUCAAACUAUUGAAGCUUAUACAAGUGUCCUGAUCGAGUCGAAGGCGAGCCCGCCCCGCUGCACGUACCGCCGAACGCUCCGCUCUGAGCGUCCACUCAGGCCUUACACUAAGACAGCGGUUCCCAACUUUUUCCUCCGAGGCGCACUUGAUUCAACUCGAAACAUGAUAAGGAAGAUUAAAUUUCAUUUCCUCACUGUACGUGUACCUACUACCAGUCUAGGGUGCCAAAAUUGGGAACUAAGGUCCGACCGAGAACGAGACCGAGAACUAGAUUCAAUUUGAUUCUCGGCCGAGACCGAGAAUUUAUAAAACAGCGAAAAACAUGCAAUUUUUGCAAAAAAUGUUUUCAUAACCGAAAUUCGCCUAUUAAUCAGGAAUCCAGGAGCAUGUCGGGCCGUGUUUAGUGUUUGGUUCCGUAACUACCCAAACCUACCGCACCCCUUACCUAUCUACCGUAGCAAAAUAGAUUACAUCAGACAUCAGUGAUAUACAAGUAUACGGCUCGCCUGAUGGUAAGCAGGCGCCAUAGCUUAUAGAGAAAUAUCGAUAAAGAACCUACCAAAAUCACUAAAAUCGGGAUACCAAACGGGCGAUGUAAUCAAAGGGUAGCUAAAAACCGAUUGGAUGCGAGUGCGCAAUAAAUUCAAAAUCUGAGUCUCGGUUUCACCGAGAAUCUCGGCCCAUUUUGGCCGAGAGCCGAGACCGAGACCGAGAUCUCGGUCGGACCUUAUUGGGAACCCCUGGUAUAUGAUGUUUCAUAUUUUAUCGCCAUAGGAUGUUGAUCAGGAGGACAAUACUUCUGGUUAGCCCUUAAUCGACCAAAAAAUAGUAUUAAGAUAAAAUAAUCUUUUCAUGAUUUUUAAUUAAUUUUCCAAAUUUUUAAGAAGUGCAUUUAAACUGGUAUUGUGCAAAUAGUGUUAUCAUUAUACAUCAUUCAGUUACUGACAUUUUAUUUGUUCCUUCGAUUUUAACUAACUUAGUUAUCUAUUCAGAGGUUUAACAGACCUAUACGUAUAUUUUAAAUGUUUAGUGUCUUUUAUAUGUUUAGCUAAAGUAUUUUUAAUAUAGGUACCUAUCUGUACUUGCGCGACUUCAUCUAAAAUAUGACAUAAAGUGUAGUUUA